ACGUGUGUGGUGAUGGUGGUAAGCGCUUCCGGGAACAGAUAUACAGACCGCAAUAUGAAGAUCCGACCGGUAUCACCGGGAAUAGACCGGAGGCUGAAGCACCGGCUCACCCAGUAUCUGAGCAGUAAUCGAUGUGGAGGAUAUGUGGAUAUUUCAGUUGUAGCUGCUGAUCUGCAGAAGACAUUCAGUGCCGAGUAUGGAAGAAGAAAGCGGAAUGCCUUCAGAAUCCAGGUAGAGAAAGUGUUCAAAGUUAUCUGCGAGAAAAUGAGGAUGUUGAGGCCUUGGAAGAUACACAUUUGGCAAAACGGGCAAAGAUAGGAGCUGAUGGAGAUAUGGAAAGAUCAUCUGAUGACUCCACAGAUACUGAUGACUAUACAGACCAGCUGUCCUCAAAUCACAUGAACUCCUCUCUGCUGUCCUUGUACCGGAAAGGAAACCCUGACUCGGACACACCCUCCAAAAACGAGACUCCGGACACCAGCACACCAGCCCCUUCCAUAUCUUCUGCACAACCACAUACAGCAGGGCACUCAAGAAACCCAGAAGCCGGAUGGUUCAUUGACAAAACUCCCAGCAAGACCAAGGGGAAGAACCUCUUCAUAGACCUGUGUGAUGAUGGAGAGAAAGAGAAGGGAGCUGGCGAUGAAGAGAAGUCUGUGGAUGUCUCUCUUCUGGAGAGUGAAAAGAAGAAGCGCAAAGGAAAGAAAUCCCAAAAGGUGAAGUCGGUGUCUCAAGAUGUGGAUGAGGAGAUAAAGUCUGCUAUUAUGAAGGCUAAAGGUAAAGGAAAGGUUUUUGAGUUGCAGAGGUCAUCUCUUCGAUUUGCCGAUGUAGGAGGAAACGACGAAACCUUGGCAGAGGUUUGCAAACUCCUAAUUCACAUGCGUCACCCUGAGGUGUACCAGCAUCUGGGCGUUGUCCCACCUCGUGGCUUCCUGUUACAUGGACCUCCUGGGUGUGGGAAGACUUUAUUGGCUCAGGCCAUCGCUGGAGAAUUGGAUUUACCAAUGCUCAAGGUUGCAGCUACAGAAAUGGUGUCUGGAGUCUCAGGGGAAUCUGAACAAAAGCUGAGGGAACUCUUCGACCAGGCUGUGAGUAGCGCCCCUUGUAUUCUUUUCAUUGAUGAGAUUGAUGCUAUAACCCCAAAGAGAGAAGUGGCCUCUAAAGACAUGGAGCGGAGGAUUGUGGCCCAGCUGCUCACCUGUAUGGACGAUUUAAAUAACCUGGAGGUGACUGCUCAGGUUCUCGUCAUUGGGGCCACCAACCGCCCGGAUUCUCUGGACCCUGCACUGCGUCGUGCUGGAAGGUUUGACAGAGAAAUCUGCCUUGGGAUUCCAGAUGAGAAAGCCAGGCAGAGGAUUCUGCAGACCUUGUGCCGGAAGUUGAGGCUCCCUGACUCUUUUGACUACCAGCAUCUGGCUCACUUAACGCCAGGGUAUGUUGGUGCAGACCUGAUGGCACUUUGUCGGGAAGCUGCGAUGGGUGCUGUGAACAGAGUAUUGAUCCAGCUACGGGACUUUAAAGCCAACGAAGUUUCAACUGAACAGAGCUCUCCACUGGAAGAAACAUCAGUGUUAAAAGUCAAAAAUGGACAACCCAAUCAGGAUGAGCUACAGAGACUCCUUGAAGUCCUCAAGGAGGAGACCCCAUUUCCUGAGGAGCAUCUCCUUGGCCUCUGUAUCGAGAUGUCUGACUUCCUGAGUGCCCUGCCUGCUGUACAACCCUCUGCCAAAAGAGAAGGUUUUGCCACAGUGCCUGAUGUGACCUGGGCUGACAUAGGAGCUCUAGAAGAGAUCCGGGAGGAGCUGACGAUGGCCAUACUGGCUCCUGUAAGGAAUCCAGAACUAUUCAAGGCUCUUGGCCUUAUGGCUCCAGCUGGUGUUUUGCUUGCAGGGCCCCCUGGCUGUGGGAAAACCUUACUUGCAAAAGCAGUUGCCAAUGAAUCUGGACUCAAUUUUAUCUCUGUGAAGGGCCCUGAGCUGCUGAAUAUGUACGUUGGUGAAAGUGAGCGAGCUGUUCGGCAGGUUUUCCAGAGAGCUUCAAACUCCUCCCCCUGCGUAAUAUUUUUUGAUGAAAUUGAUGCCUUGUGUCCCCGAAGGUCAGGCCAUGAGUCGGGAGCCAGUGUGAGAGUUGUUAAUCAGUUGCUUACCGAGAUGGAUGGACUGGAAAGUAGACGUCAAGUUUUUAUCAUGGCUGCCACUAACCGUCCAGAUAUCAUCGACCCAGCUAUCCUGCGGCCUGGACGCCUAGACAAAACUCUGUAUGUUGGACUUCCACCCCCUGCUGACCGGCUGGCUAUCCUAAGAACCAUUACCAAAAAUGGAGCUCGACCUCCCCUUGCAUCUGAUGUUGACCUAGAAAUGAUCGCCUAUGACGAGCGUUGUGACUGUUUUACGUAA